UUGUGUUCCCUUCACCCUACCUAUACCCUCUCCGGAGUUCUUUAUGUCCCUUUCACCCUACCUAUAUUCCACCCAGCUUACACAUGUUCCUUUCAACCUACUAAUUUUCAACUAGAUACUUUUCACUUACCUAUGUUAAUUCCAUUCCAAAAAUUAUACCUCAAAAUUAAAUCAGAGAAACAUUUAAAGGCAAUUUCAAUACUUUGUGGAAUUACUAGUGAAACAGAAAAAAGUUCCUCAUUUAAAUUUACCUCUGAUCAAAUUGGCAUUCUUCGGAAAAUGUUACAAAAAAGUUCAGAUAUAAAUUUAGCAUUAGGUUUUAUUCAAAGAGAUGAAAUUAUUGGUGGGUAUGCUGAUGAUAUUUCUGAAACAAUUGAACAAUCUAUUGCAAAAGCAGAAUUUCAGUGUGGGACAGAUAAUGUUCGAAUUUUUUGUGAAUUUCUUUGUUGUGCUCCCUGUGGGUUAACUUCUUUGGAAUUAUUAGAUGCUUUUAGAAUGAGAAAUUAUGCUACUGGUUUUAUGUUUGAGCCUCAAGAUGUAUUAAGUGCCACUCCUUUACUUGUACUUAGACAACUUGGAUCUCUUCUAGAUUUUAUUAUAAUGGAUAGAAGAAGAGUUUAUUUUUUCCGCUCAACACAAUUUGCUCAAACAGUCCAGCAAAGAUAUUUACAAACAGCUGGGGAUAUUAAAUUAGCUAAUGAAACACUUGCAAAUAUUUUUUUAAAUCCAAAUGAGAAUUUAGAAAAUGGUAACGAACAAGAGGCUUCUGCAAUGGCUAUGGUCUUUCCUAGACCUUUAUCUAAAGAUGGGGGAAUGGGUAUUGAUAUAAGGAGAGCGAGAUUUCAUUGGUAUUACUUGCUAAGGGCAGGUGGAGUUGAAGCAUUAAAACGAGAAACUCUCUGUUCAUUUCCUUAUUUGGAAGCAACGUUUAGAGCUUUGGGGCUGGCUAGAUUUCUUUCUAUUUUUGAAGAGUGUUUACUUCAAAUAUUGGAUAAUGAUUUACUUUGUAAGUAG